UGAUGCGAAAAAGUUCACGCGACCACACUCAGUUAAAGUUAACUAGUAGAAAUUGAUGGCAUGAUGUAGUAAUAAGAAGGGCCUUAAUUUAAUUUCUCUCAUUUUCCUAUGUCUUCCUCUCCUUGUACUUCUCACACCAAACACAGCACAAGUGUGUUGUACUUUGUCUAAAUCCCUCAUCUCUUUCUUUCACACGGCAACUGCACCUCCCUCUUGUUCGUCUCACAUCUCACCCUAUGAUCAUGAUCUUACUCUCUCUCUCUCUCUCAAUGAAUCUUCUCUGUCUUCUUCUUCCAUCUCUCAAUCAAGGUAAGAAAGAGUCUUGAGAUUGUGGAAAUCGGUCUCCAGAAUUGCUGUGAAAUUCGAUCUGUUUAGGUAUCGAACUUUAUUGAUCUCAGCAUCAAGAGAGAAAGAGAAAGAGGACAAGUUUUCUAGAGAUUUUGGAGAAACCGAUCAGUUCAGUUCAGUUCUCGGGCAUCUACAAUGGAAAAACAGAAGAGUUUUCGUGGAUUCAUGGAAAAACAGAAAAGUUUUCGCAUUGUGAUGGAGAGGCAGCUCAGCUUCAUGGGAAGCGAGAGGAAGAAGAGCAAGGAAUCACCUGGAAAACGCGGUGACUUACCCAUUCACUUAGCAGCUCGGGCUGGGAACUUUAGUAGAGUAAAAGAGAUAAUUCAAAAUUGUUCUAAUUAUGAGUCAAAGGAUUUGUUGGCAAAGCAGAACCUAGAAGGGGAGACCCCUCUUUAUGUGGCUUCAGAGAAUGGGCAUGCCUUGGUUGUUAGCGAGAUACUGAAAUACUUGGACCUGCAAACUGCUUCCAUAGUGGCCAGAAAUGGCUAUGAUUCAUUCAUUAUUGCCGCAAAGCAGGGUCACCUUGAGGUGCUGAGGGAACUGCUGCACACCUUUCCCAACUUGGCCAUGACCACAGAUUUAUGUAAUUCAACUGCGUUACACACAGCUGCAACACAAGGUCAUAUUGAUGUGGUUAAUCUCCUUUUGGAAUCAGAUUCAAACCUUGCAAAAAUUGCCAGGAAUAAUGGUAAGACUGUCCUUCACUCUGCGGCUAGAAUGGGACAUUUGGAAGUCGUGAAAGCCUUACUAAAAAAGGACCCAAGCACUGGAUUUAGGACUGAUAAGAAAGGUCAAACUGCACUACACAUGGCUGUGAAAGGGCAAAAUGAAGAAAUUUUGCUAGAAUUGGUAAAACCUGACCCAGCAGUUUUGAAUCUAGAGGAUAAUAAGGGAAAUACAGCAUUACAUGUUGCUGCAAAGAAGGGCCAUACUCAGAAUGUCCGCUGCUUGUUAUCAAUGGAGGGUAUCAAUAUCAAUGCUACGAACAAGGCUGGAGAGACUCCUCUUGACGUUGCAGAAAAAUUUGGAAAUCCAGAACUUGUUUCCAUAUUGAGGGAUGCUGGGGCUUCCAAUUCCACGGAUCAAGGGAAACCUCCUAAUGCAUCGAGGCAACUUAAGCAGACUGUCAGUGACAUAAAGCAUGAUGUUCAAUCCCAACUCCAACAGACACGUCAGACUGGUAUGAGGGUCCAGAAAAUUGCAAAGAAGCUGAAAAAACUUCACAUUAGCGGCCUGAACAAUGCGAUAAACUCUGCUACUAUUGUUGCCGUUCUCAUUGCAACAGUCGCAUUUGCUGCCAUCUUCACUGUCCCUGGCCAAUAUGUUGAAGCGAAAGAACAGGGCUUUUCACUUGGACAAGCAAAUAUAGCAAACAAUGCGGCUUUCCUGAUAUUUUUUGUGUUUGAUAGUUUGGCAUUAUUCAUCUCUCUGGCUGUUGUGGUGGUUCAAACUUCUGUAGUUGUGAUUGAGCAGAAGGCAAAGAAGCAGCUUGUGUUCGUCAUUAACAAGCUGAUGUGGAUGGCUUGCCUUUUCAUUUCCAUUGCUUUUAUUUCUCUCACAUACGUAGUUGUGGGAUCACACUCAAGGUGGCUUGCCAUAUAUGCUACAGUGAUUGGAAGCUUGAUAAUGCUCUCUACAAUUGGCUCCAUGUGCUAUUGUGUCAUUUUGCACAGGAUAGACGAGACUAAACUAAGGGCGGAUAGUCGUUCGUUCUCAAUGUCUUAUGCCCCAGACCAAGAGAUUUUAAACAGCGAAAAGAGGAUGUACGCCCUUUAGGAUAGUUGAUAUAUAUGAACGAAAUUGUCUCUAUCCUCCUCGCACAUUUUGUUUUUUGAAAACCCAGCACAUUCUUGAAGUAAUAAUAAUAGGUAGUUCCUACUAAACAGUAUCAGAUUGAACGAAUACAAGCUAUGAUCUUUGCCAGCCUACAGAAGCCGCUAGACAAAAGGAGGUGGAGAGGGAAAUGGGUGGGCAAUCAUCACCGCAUCCAUGCAUGAUUAGAAAGGAUGUUGUCAUUAAGUAUUUUGUGGAUUGUACUUGUGCUUGUAAAUACAGUGAAAUAUAAUGAUAAAUAAAAAAUUAUCUCUUGCUAAUAA